AUGAACCGCGUGUGCAAGCCCUACCUUGACAAAUUCGUGAUAGUGUUUAUCGACGAUAUAUUGAUAUAUUCACGAAACAAGGACGAACACGAGCACCAUCUUAGAACUAUUCUUCAGUUGUUGAAAAAGGAGAAACUGUAUGCGAAAUUUUCCAAAUGCGAAUUUUGGCUUCGCGAAGUUCAAUUUCUCGGACAUGUAGUCAACGAGAAAGGCAUACAUGCUGAUCCAUCGAAAAUUGAGGCCAUAAAGAAUUGGAGUGCACCAAAGACACCGACUGAAAUACGUCAAUUCCAAGGAUUGGCCGGUUAUUAUCAAAGAUUCAUUGAGAAUUUUUCGAAGAUUGUUCAAUCACUCACUUCUCUCACUCAAAAGGAUAAGAAAUUUGAAUGGGGAGAAAAACAAGAAGGAGCUUUUCAACUGCUUAAAGACAAACUCUGUAAUGCACCUAUUCUGUCACUCCCAGACGGUACAGAUGAUUUCGUAGUCUAUUGUGACGCCUCACGACAAGGGUUAGGAUGCGUGUUGAUGCAAAGGGAAAAAGUUAUUGCAUACGCAUCGAGCCAACUAAAGAUACACGAAAGGAACUAUACCACACAUGACCUAGAGUUAGGUGCAGUGGUAUUUGCACUAAAAAUUUGGCGUCAUUACCUUUAUGGUACUGAUACGUGGUCGAAAACCGGUGAUCGUAAUUGCUUAAUUUGA